AUGACAGUCCAGUCUUCAAAGACAGUGCUGUCCCUGGACUCUGAGGCGGUGUUCUCACUCAAAGAUGGCAUCAACUUUAAGAAGAGCCCAGAUGAUGGCAAGUGCUACAUCAUAUACAAAGAAAAUGGAGAGCUGAAGGCCUGCAAGAACCAAUGCAAACACCAAGGAGGCCUGUUCAUCAAAGACAUAGAGGACUUAGAUGGAAGGACGGUCCGAUGUACAAAACACUACUGGAAGCUGAACGUCUCAACUAUGCAGUAUGUGAACCCUCCUGACAGCUUCACACAGGAUGAGCUAGACGUCGUGAUGACAGACGAGGGUGGUCUUCAGCUCGUGGAGGUGAUCGUCUGGGACCCCUGGUUGGCAGACCCCCAGGAUCCACAGGAACUGCAGGAGGGAGAGGUGACUGUGACCUACCUUACCCAUGCAUGUAUGGAGCUCCAGCUAGGGGGGAAGAAGAUGAUAUUCGACCCCUGGCUGACGGGUCCGGCCUUCGCCAGGGGCUGGUGGCUGCUCCAUGAGCCCCCUGCUGACUCCAUGGAGAGGCUGUGCAUGGCCGACCUCAUCUACAUCAGCCACAUGCACUCCGACCACCUCAGCUACCCAACCUUACAAUCCCUCUCUGUGACGAGACCCGAUGUUCCUAUUUAUGUUGGCGACACAUCAAGGCCAGUGUUCUGGAUGCUGGAGAAAAGGCAGGUGCAGCUGACAAAUAUCAACGUCGUUCCCUUUGGCAUUUGGCAAAACAUUGAUGAGCACCUCAGAUUCAUGAUUCUGAAGGAUGAAGUGCACCCUGAAAUGGACACCUGUAUCAUUGUUGAAUAUAAAGGUCAUAUGAUCCUCAACACGGUGGACUGCACCAGGCCAAACUACGGCCGACUGCCCCACAAUGUAGACCUGAUGAUGAGUGACUUUGCUGGGGGGGCGUCUGGCUUCCCCAUGACCUUCAGUGGAGGAAAAUACACAGAGAGCUGGAAAGCUGAUUUCAUCAAGAAUGAAAGGAAGAAGCUCAUGAACUACAAGGCCCAGCUGGUAAAAUCCUUGCAGCCCAAGAUCUACUGCCCGUUUGCCGGUUACUUUGUCGAAGCACAUCCCUCAGACAGGUACAUUAAGGAAACUAACACGAAAAACAAAGCGGAGGAGCUCAAUGCCCUGAUAAAGAAGAGCGCUCCAGGCAUAACAACAUGGACACCCAAGCCAGGCGCUGUGCUCGAUCUGGCACUGGCUCUGAUGAGCCCCAGCCGGAAAGCCAUCACCGACCCUCCAUCCGGGACAAACAUCUAUAAGGACAGUUGGGACUUUGAUUUGUACGUGGAUGAACUGAACAGGGCCAUCACCGCUGAGAUAUUUAAACAUAAAAGCUGGAUCCAAUUUUAUUACAUCUGGGCAGGGUUUAAAAACUACAAUCUAGUUGUCCGGGUCAUAGAGACGGAUGAGGACUUCAUUCCAAUAGACAAUGGCUACAACUAUCUGGUGGACUUCAUGGAUCUGUCCUUCCCUACUCAGAGGCCCACUAGAGAGCACCCUUAUGAGGAGAUCAAGAACAGGAUCGGAGUCAUGAGGCACGUGGUGAAGAAUGGCCUUCUUUGGGACGACCUGUAUAUCGGCUUCCAGAACCGUCUGAGCAGAGAGCCAGACGUCUACCACCACCGGUUCUGGAACCACUUCCAGACAGAGUUGCCAGUCGCUGGGCCGGACUGGGACUUGUUCCUGCAGCAGGUGUCAUCAUACCAGAGGUCUGCUGAACCCCAGGGAAUCCAAACAGAAAGUGUCUCUGCUUCUACAUUGUCUUAGAAAAAGCAGACUGUACUGUCUCAUGAGAACCAAGCUUUGUGCCUGUAUCUAUUAAUGAAUAGUAAUGAAUAAGAGGUGCUCUCCCUGUAGGCACCACCAACCUCCCUGUGCUCCUGAAACAGGGAAAAAGGGACGUGGCUGACAAUAUUUAAUUUCUGAAUUGGUUCAUUUAGGGUUCAUUUUCAAAUUGUUUUUUUCAUGUAAUGGUGAAAUCUGUUAGCAUAGCGUCUUGUUGCUUGGCAGGUCUGUAUGUAGGGGACUAGUACCAAAAAGUAGGAAAAUAUGCACUCACUACUAUGUCGCUCUGGAUAAGAGCGUCUGCUAA